GGGGAGUUCGACAUUAUAUCGGAUCAUUUACUAGUUGGUUCGAUUGUAAAUGAUCAAUUAUUUUAAUCAAUCAUUUCAUAGUAAGAAGUUCAAUGCACAGAAGUUAUUCAUAACAGACUUAAUUUACAUAUCUCUCGGUUAUACAUAGGCCUAUUACAAUAUUGAUAUGUGACAAAUAUGCUUAUGUAAAGUAUAACUUUGAAUAUGUAUUACUUCGUUAGUGUCGUGUCAAUUUAUUAAGUAACUUUCAGUAUAGUGUGUGUGUACAGUGGAUUUUUCAUGCUAUUUAUUUGGAUCUAAAUAAAUAUAAACUCUGUCCAUAGCAAUGGACGUACCUGCUAUUAAAAUAGAUCGCCCUCUUUAUGAACAAAAACAACUACGACACGAGCUCAGCUAUGAGAAGCAUAAAAGUUCACUUUUAGCAUCAUGUUGUCCUGAAAACUUGACAUUCAAAAAAUUUGUAAAACAUACAGUGCCGGUCAUUGGAUGGUUACCAAAAUACUCAUUAAAAAAUGACUUCUUUGCUGACGUAGCUGCAGGUUUUACUAUAGCCAUUUUGAAUAUUCCCCAAGGUAUGGCUUAUGGCCUCCUUGGUAACUUACCUCCUGUAACAGGAAUUUAUAUGGCUGUGUUCCCUGCAUUGGUAUAUGUUAUUUUUGGAACUUCACGACAUAAUUCAAUUGGAACAUUUUCCAUUGGAUGUUUAAUGACGGGUAAAGCUGUUUUGGAAUGGGCUGAUCCACUUUACUUUAGAGCCGCAAAAGAUGUAGUAAAUGGUACCAUGGCCGGUGACGUCAAUAUAACUCCCACGGGAUAUACUCCCAUACAAGUUGCCUCUGCGGUAACACUUGUAUCGGCAAUUACUCAGCUGGUAAUGUGUUUUCUACGACUAGGAGCUGUUACAGCUCUUCUUUCCGAUAUGUUGGUAAAUGCCUUUACAUGCGGAGCUGCAUUUCAGAUUGUCGUUACGCAGUUAAAAGAUUUAUUUGGCAUUAACAUACCAAAAGUAAAAGGAAAUUUUUUAACUACUCAGACUCUUCAAUUAUUGUUUGAGAAGAUAGGGGAAGCUAGUUCCGCAGAAAUGAUUAUUUCUGCUGUGUCUAUCGCAGUAUUAGUACUUAAUAACAUAUUCUUAAAGCCAAUUGUAGAAAAAAGAUCAAGAAUUCCGAUACCUAUCGAGUUGAUAGUGGUUGUGAUAGGAGCAUUGGUUUCCAAUUUAUUUAAUUUUCAACAAAAAUACGAUAUUGCUGUUGUAGGAACAAUACCUAGCGGCUUGCCAGAACCAGAAAUACCUCCGAUAUCCUUACUGCCAUCAGUAGCUGUUGACGGAUUUAUUAUUGCUAUAGUAAAUUAUGUGACUUCGAUGUCAUUGGCAUUAAUGAUAGCUCAAAAAGGAAAUUAUGAAGUUAACGCAAACCAAGAACUAUUCGCACAAGGACUAAGUAAUGGUGUUGGCUCUCUGUUUGCAUGCAUGCCAGUGUGUGCUUCCCUAUCCAGAUCAUUGGUUCAACAAUUAGUUGGUGGAAAGACUCAAAUAGUGACAGUUGUAUCAUCUUUGUUACUAAUUAUUACCCUAUUGUGGAUUGGGCCAUUUUUUGAACCAUUACCUAGGAGUGUUUUAGGUAGCGUAAUUGUAAUUUCUUUGAGAGGGAUGAUGAUGCAAGUCGUUGAACUAAGAAAGUUUUGGAAAUUAAGUAAACUAGACGCCGUCGUGUGGGUAGUGACGUUUGUGACAGUAGUAUUUGUCAGUAUGGAAAUUGGUCUAAUAGUUGGCGUCGGCAUGUCUUUGUUCUCUAUUUUCAUUUUUAGUUUUAAGCCAUACACAUGCCUUUUGGGUAGUGUACCAAACACUGAUUUGUAUUUGGAUAUGAACAGAUACAAAGGGACAAAGGAGGUGGAAGGAAUCAAAAUCUUUCACUACUCUGGAGGAAUUAACUUUGCUACAAAAAGUAUGUUUAAGGAAGAUCUGUAUAAAUUAAUUAAUCUCAAUGUUCAAAAAGAGCUAAUUCAUCGAGAAAAAUUAAAAAAGGUUAUGGAAAAGAUGGAAUCUUCAGAUAGCCAGGACUACAAACAGAAGUUAUUAAAACUACAGAGCAAAAUUAAUACAGACCUAAAGUGUGUAAUCCUAGAUUUCUCAUCUGUCAGUUAUAUCGAUCCUUGUGGUGCAGCAAUGUUAGGAAGUGAAAUUAAUGACUUCAAAAGACUUGAGAUUUCAUUUUACAUUGCGGCAUGUUCAGAUCGCACUUACAACACUUUGGAUAAAUGUGACCUUUUGACGAAAGAAAAAGAUUUCUUAAGAAUUUUCCCCAGUGUUCAUGAUGCUGUUCAGUGCGCAUCAUACAAUCUGAAGAUUCCGAUAGAGAACAGUAUUGCUAGAAUAUCGUAAUUAAUUGUUAGUUGUUAAUUGUUAGGAUUAUUUUUUUACCAGUGUAGAAAACUACACCGAAAUUUUAAUUUUCACGCUUAUUUUUUCGAAUAUAACAAGUGUAAAUAUUUUAAAGUUAUUUUAGAUGUUAAGUAGACGACGAAUAUACUGUUGAAUUCAGUUUCAAAUAUAGAAGAGAUGUGAUACUCGGUAACUAUAUGUAUUAAAAUAUGUGUAAUUGACCAAUAACCUGUAAAGGAUCAGGAUCAUAUAAGUUAAAAAAAUAUAAAAAUCUAAAAAAAUACACUUUUUAAAUUUAACAUGUAAUAACGACAAAUAUAUUGAAACUUUAAGACUGACACUUUAUUAUUGUUUUCUUGUAGAAUCUGAUAAUAAUUAUUGCUAUCACGUUCUUUCGAUCUCUCCCAUAAUGAACUCUAUAUAUUUCCUUUUAAGAUCUAAACUUUUAUCAAAUAUCUCAUUUUAAAGAAACCCUAAAUUAAUAAAAAUUAAUUUUAUCUUAUGAACCUUUUUUGUUUUAUUAUUAGUAUUCAGUAUACCAGACAUUUUUUCUUAAUCCUUUAAAUUUCUUCAUUAAUUCUAUACAUGCCUUGUCACAUAACUUCCAACUAAGUAACUUAGAACACCUGCCAACCACCUUUUCUAGUAUCAUUGACAUAACAGCCAUAUGGGGCAACUUUGAAACAUUUCCCAUUCCGUCCUAUCUCUAGACUCCUUUCCAUAUUUUACCUUUCAAGUUAUCCAGGUCUCCUGGUCUUCUGGUCUUCUUCGCUAAAAUAAUUUUCUCACCUUUGAAUCUUUUUUUUCAUUUGAUUACAUGCCCAAUAGAAUUGUAUCUUCUACGCCACAAACCUUGCUUGUUUAGUGCUUCGUAUAUCUUUCUCUUAAUUUUUGGCUCGAAACGCUUAAGCAGCUCUUGAUUAUUUUGUGUAAGUGACCAUGUUUCAGCUCCGUAUGUUAAAACUGGUAUUAUUGGUGGUCUUUACAAGGUCAGUGUAACUUUUUUUAGAUAUUGUAAGGUCAUUCGUCUUUCUAGGUCACAGUAACACUUAUUGGCAAGCAUUAUUCUUCUUUUGAUUUCUUUGCUGACGUUGUUAUGCUUACUCAAUAACGAACCUACAUUUAUAUGAAGGGGUCCACACAUUCUAACUCCAUUUUCACUGCAUACUUCCUUAUUUACCGAUAAGCUUCUGUCAGAAACUCAAUGAAUCUGGUGAUUAUCUCAGUGUCGUCUUCAUAUCUAGUCACUUUAGAUUUUUUAUAUAUAUUUUAUAUAGUUUCUAUUAUAUUUUUCGGGAUCAGAAGUAUAAAAUGAAGGACUCUAUACUACUUAGUAAUACUAAUACUUGGGAAUCUUCAUUGGAAGCUUGAACAGUUAUAUAUAGGUCUAUAUAGCGUAUUUGUAGUUCCAUUUUAACCUCAAAGACUCUAUGGACCUGGCGAUUAUUUUAAUGUGGUCUGCAUAUCCAAUCACUUUAAGUUUUGACAUGUUGUAUAUAGUUUCUGUUGUAGUUUUCGGGAUCAAAAAUAUAAAAUGAAAGAUUCCAUACUACUUAGUAAUACUAAUACUUGAGAAUCUUCAUUAGAAGCUUGAACAGUUAUAUAUAGGACUACAUACAAUAUUUUAGCCCAAUUUUCACCUCAGGGACUAUAUAUUUGGCGAUUAUAAAAGUGUCGUCUUCAUAUAAAAAUCGCUUUAGAGUUUGACAUGUUUUAUAUAGUUUCUGUUAUAGUUUUUGUGGAUCAAAAAUGUAAAAUGAAGGAUUCUAUACCACUCCAGUCAUACUAAUAUUUGGGAAUUUUCAUUAAAAGCUUAAGGAGUUAUAAUAAUAUAUAGGACUACAUACCGUAUUUGUAGUCCAAUUUUCGCCCCAAGGACUCUAUAGAUCUGUCAAUUAUGAAAGUGUCGUCUGCAUAUCCAAUCACUUUAGAUUUUGACAUGUUUUAUAUAGUUUCUGUUGUAGUUUUCGGGAUGAAAAAUAUAAAAUGAAGAAUUCUAUACUACUUAUAGUAAUACUAAUAUUUGGGAAUCUUCAUUAGAAUCUUGAACAGCCAUAUAUAGGAACUAUUAUAUAAGUAUUUGUGACAAUAUUUCUCUCUUUAUAUUAUGAAGCAUAUAGCAUUCGCCAAAAUGGUUUAUUACUGCCCAUUAUCAUAUUACAGUAUCUUAUUGUUUUAUGGUUUACGUCUAUCAUUUUGUUUUAUUGACAAGUAACAAAAUGAAACCUCUUGAUCAAUCUGGUUUACUAAGUAUAACUAAUGUUUCGAUUGAAAAUAUUUUACUGCUUCCCGAUUUUUGUAUAUUGUUCGUAUUGUAGAAAUUCCAUUAUCACACUGUGUAUCAUUACCUAUGAUUUCAUUAUGUCCAUUAUUUUCUCUGUAUUAUCUGACCUAUAUAUAUAUAUAUAUAUAUAUAUAUAUAUAUAUAUAUAUAUAUAUAUAUAUAUAUAUAUAUAUAUGUAAAUCACUUAAUCUAGUCUAUUUUUUGAUAAUUCUUCUUAAAUAGGAAAAUAAGUUUAUGUAAUAUUUUUGUCGUUAUACUAAUAACAACGGUAUUUAUUAUUAUUUUGAUUUAAACAAAUGAAUUGUGCUAUAUAUUUUAAGUUAAAGGCGUCAAAAUAAAAUAGACAUACAAAUACAUUUUAUUUAAAUUAACUUAAAUAAAUUCACUGUAACAACAUCGUAUUGCAUUUCAGUGGAACCGAGAGCUUAACGUCAUCUCCGAAAAACGGUGAACGAAUCGUAUCAUUUUUAUGAUUGAAAAUGUUGUUGGUGCCGAGAAUCACAUUCAUGCGCUCUGGCUUAUGAAGCCAGUAACUUGCCGCUGAGCUACAGCCGUUCACAAAUAAAUUCACUAUUCAAUCAGUAUUGAAGAAUCGCACAGUGUAUUAUGUUUAAAGGCCUUGAUCCGGAGUUGUUUCUUCUUGCUGUAGUUAUUAUCAAAGGCGAUGCAACAACUGCCAUAACCUAUUGUUUUUUCUAGGUAUGUAAGAUAUGUACUACAGCAAAUAAACCGUCAGGAAGCAAUAAUUUCAGAUCGCGACCUGUAAACGUAGGAAACUUCUUCUUCGCUUCGUCUUCAUCUUGUGUAGACAUGACUCUCUCUGUUCUUCAAUGUAUCUCUAGUAAGUUGUCGUUCCAGCGUUUUCGCAGUUUCCUCAACUAUUGUUUUCCGAUUGAUAAAUCGCUUCAUUCUACCCUUCUACUUGUUCCCCAGGUCUUGAUUAUCUUCAUUUUGCAUCCCCGUCAUAUAUCUGUAAUUAGAGCUCUAUCUCAUAGUGUCUUACAAUCAAUUUUUCUAAGGGUUUUCAGGUUUGUAAAUUCUGCCUUUCACUGCUCUUCAUAGUUUCCAAAGAGAUGUUAUCUGGUCCAAUUGCGUUCUUUAUUUUUGAAGUUUCCUUAUUUGUUUCUUUGAUAACCAUUGUUGUUAAUGUCUCCUUGAUACCUAUGAACUUGUAUUUUCUCAAAUACUUCGUUUAAUAAACGGUCAAAGUAUAUUUCCAUAGAUAGCUUAUUUUCAUCUCGGAUACACCUAAUGUUAUUACAAUUGUUGCUUUAAUUGCUAUAGUUUUGGCUGUUCAUCUUCGUCUUCUUUUCUUCGUUUUACCCUACUCUUUCUUAAGUUAUUAGUAUAGAUUUUAUACGUGUUUUUCCAUUUAUUAUAGUUUUCUCAUUUCCUUAAUUUUUCUUGAAUUUCGUUUAACCACCAAGAGGUCACUUUGUUUUCAAACUUCUUUCCUGAUUUUUUCUUAUUUCAAUUUAUAUUAUUUAUUAUAAUAAGUAUUUCAAUUUUAGUAUUUCUAAGAAUACCAGCAAUAUUUCUUUAUUUAGAAAAAAUAUAUUAACGGAAAACAAAAAGGAGUCUGAAUUGCAGGUGAUAACAUCGUUAUGAUAUUCUAGAACUUGUGCCUUGUACUGUGACCUCUCCUGAGUCGUUAUUUUUAAUAAAUCUAGUAGAUUCGUGUAUUUUAUUUUGUCGCCAGCAAAUUAAAUAAAUAAAAUUGGUUUAAAUGUUCUUGUAAAGAAUCUGUUUACUUGAAAUUGUUUUUACAGAUAACUUUUGAUAAAGAGAACAAUUGAGAAGUGUAAACAAGCAUGUAAACAAAUUCUGUCAAAUAAUCGUUGUUUAAUAUUGUAAUGUUUGUUUCUGACUAGUUUCUUCAAGUAUUGUAUUGAAAUUAAUUGUUUUUAUAAAUUAUUGUAUACGUAUAACAAGUGUUUUUCAAUUUCAACUGAUGAAAUCCACGAAAUGUUAUCAAAUUUUAAAUAAAUGUUACCUUUUA